CUGUGUUGUAAAAAUUUAUGAAAACAAAACAAAAAUGCUUUUUGAUCUUAAUGUAAUGUUAGGCAUAAGGUUAGCCGUUCAGUUAAGGUUAGGGUUACGUCUAGGGUUUUAUUUUAAGAAGAUACAUUUUAUAAAUAGGCGGGGUUUUAGACAUAAUUCUAAUUUUGUGGCUAUGGUAACUAGUGACAACCGUCAGGGCGGGAAAUCAACCACACAUGUCAACAGAUUACACAUUCCGAAUGUCAACGCAUUUUAUCUAGCUACAUAUACCUAAUUAUUUUUAAACGGUGUAAGUUAACUGUAAAGUCCGGUUUCAAUCAACUUUGGGAAGAGCCAUGCAGGCGUUUUUGAAAGGAACAUCAACUCAAGGCACCAGACCUCUGAAAGAGAAAGGUACAGGGACCAGUGGAGAGAAGAAGCAGAAAUCUGUCCCCUGGGUAGAGAAAUAUAGACCAAAAUGUAUGGAAGAGGUGGCGUUUCAAGAGGAGGUGGUUGCUGUGCUGAAGAAGACUAUAGAGGGCGCUGAUCUCCCCAAUCUGCUGUUCUAUGGACCACCUGGAACAGGAAAGACCUCCACCAUCCUGGCUGCAGCCAGGGAACUUUAUGGGCCAGAGCUGUACCGACAGAGAGUGCUGGAGCUGAAUGCCUCCGAUGAGAGAGGGAUUCAGGUGGUGAGAGAGAAAGUCAAGAGAUUUGCCCAGCUGACUGUAGCAGGCCACCGCACUGAUGGGAAACCAUGCCCACCCUUUAAGAUCAUCAUCCUGGAUGAGGCUGACUCAAUGACCAAUGCUGCUCAGGCUGCUCUCAGACGCACCAUGGAGAAGGAGUCCCGGACCACCCGCUUCUGUCUCAUCUGCAACUACGUCAGCAGGAUUAUUGAGCCCCUGACAUCCAGAUGCUCCAAAUUCCGCUUCAAACCUCUAGCAAAUCAGGUCCAAGAAGAGCGCCUGCUGGAUAUCUGUGACAAGGAGAAUCUCAAGUACUCAAAGGAGGGUAUUGCAGCGUUGGUGAAGGUUUCAGAAGGGGAUCUUAGAAAAGCCAUAACCUUUCUUCAAAGUGCUGCACGGCUGAACACAGAUAAUGAGAUCACAGAGAAUGCGGUCAUAGAGAUAGCAGGGGUUGUUCCUCCCAAGAUGAUUGACAAUUUGCUCAAAAUCUGUUUCAAGGGAACAUUUGAAAAACUAGAGAUUGCUGUUCGGAACAUGGUAGAUGAGGGCUAUGCUGCCACACAAAUCAUCAACCAGCUACACGAAGCCAUCAUAGAGGAAGAGCUGAAUGACAAGCAGAAGUCUGCCAUCACGGAAAAGAUGGCAGUGGUUGACAAGUGUUUAGUGGAUGGUGCAGAUGAGUACCUGCAGAUGCUGAGUAUGUGUUCUGUGAUCAUGCAGCAAGCUACUCUGAGUAACUGACUCCACAACUUCAUGGAUCAUUCCUCUCCAUAUGCAUCUAGACCAACAGCUUUUUCUAUACAUUUUUGUAGGUUGACUGUAUUAAAAUGUUAUUGUUUCCUGUAAAUACUGUCUUUGUCAAUCAGGGCUGUUCAAGUCAUAUUUCAGGGGUCA